GUAAUCACUUGAUUAAAUCUAAGCUUAUCUCACCUUGGAUAAUCCCUAAUCUUAUUCAGCAGGAUUCAACAAACAUGGCGUCCGUUUCAAAGUCGACAACGAUAAUCAAACCUUUGCUAUCUCAAUCAUCCGUAGAAGCAAGAAGACGAGUUAUGAAUCUAUAUCGUGCAUGGUAUAGAGAAAUUCCCCGAGCCGUCAAUGCGUACGCUUUGGAUAUAACUGUUCGUCAAGGGCGGGAGAAGCUAAAGGAAGAAUUUAAGAAAUAUUCACAUAUUCAAGAUAUUAAAUCCAUCGAUAUGAUGGUCAUUAAGGGAAGAAUGGAGCUGGAAGAGACGCACAAGAUUUGGAAGCAAAAAACACACAUCAUGAGGUAUUUUAAGGAAACAUAUCCAGAGAGAAAGACAGACUUCUUGUCACGAUUUUAUGAUGGCUCUGAUUGAAUUAAGCUACAGAUGAACAAUUUUUGUGAUAGUGAAGAUCCUAAAUCUAUACAGUAUGAGAAAUGAACUUUGCCAUUUUGUAAUUAUGUUUUUUCCCUCUAAAGUUAUAGAGAUUAUAAAUAUUUUUGUUUAA